UGAACAGCAAGUCCCGCGUCCGCUUCGUUUCUUGCUUAACGACUAUAUACUAUAAUUGAAGCUCAUUAGAACUUGUUAUUUGACUCGAUUCCAAAAAGCAUGGAGAAAAAGGGUAGCAGACUUAUUUCUCAAAAAGGAAAUAAAACAGUAUUGAAGUGGAUGGUAAAGAAUUUCAAGCCUCAGUUGCUUUGCAAUUCAGAUUAUAUGUGUCUAAAAAGUCCCAUAAUAAAAACGGAUGAAUUAGCAUGGAGAAUUCGCAUCACUUCAUGCAUUAGAGAAUUUCCUGAUGAAUUUAGUAUUGUUUUAACGAGAGAAGAUUAUAAAACUCCUGAAUUUGCCCAUUAUUUCGUUGAACAUAAAAUGGAGAUCGCUAAUAUAAAAUGGGCUCCAUCUGAAGUAAGAUGCUGCUUUGCUUCCUCAGGAAUACCAGUUAGAUUUGUGUCUCUGAUUAAUUUAUCUGAUUUCCUAGAUGAAGAAAGAUUCCCCCCUGCAUGUGAAUUGAACGUACAAUUUCGAUUACGAAAAUGCAGCUUUCAGACAUCAUUUUCAAACUAUUUUUCAGCAGUAACCGACUUAAUUGUGGCUAAAAGAUCGGCCAGUAUUUGUUAUAACACUGCUUAUUAUUCAACUGCGCUGAAUGAACCAGCAGAAUCAGGAAAUCAUAUAACUGAAAAUGUAGGUGACGAAAUGGUAGUACCCACCAGUGGUAGUAAUAACAACCCACCAUUCAGACCCCAAUCUCCUAUACAACUCAGAAUCUUCCAUUCUCCAAUUGUGAAUUGUAUUAACUCAACGUUCAAAUCGCAUCUGGAUGCCUUUUUAAAAUGCGAGAUUUUCUUAUUGGAUGCUAAAAACAAUGUUGUCAUUGCCUCGGAAGUUGCAGAAAACUUGCUUUUGAAAUAUCAAGAAUGGACCGUCCCUCUGUAUGUGCCUAGAAAUUUCGCCGAAGAAAUUGAAAUCAACUCUUCGUCAUUCCGUGAAGUGUUGGGUAUUAUUGCAAAUGUUUCCUUUCAUGAUGAACAGAGUGAGAUAAGCUGCAUUACAAAAGGUUAUUUUACUCACCGGAAGAAGCAUUCUAUUUUGAAAGCAGACUUGAAGAAAUUAUUUCAUAACAGGGACCUCAAUGCAGAUUUCUGCAUAAAAGCAAAAGGGAAACCCUUUCGUGUUCACAAGUUUAUUCUAGCUGCUAGAUCACCUGUUUUCAAAGCUAUUCUAAAAACUGACAUGCUUGAAAUCAGAACAGGUGUAAUGAAUAUUUCACAUAUGAGUCCCGACGCAAUGAGCCUCUUCCUUAAAUGCGUUUAUGCAUCAGAAUUAGAGAAAGAUGUUGCUCACGAAAAUGUCCUUUCAUUGUAUAAAGCCGCAGAUAGAUACGAAAUCUCAUCUUUGCAGCUCACUUGUAGACGAGAGCUGAUGGAAAAUGUUUCAAUAACUAAUAUAGGUGAUCUGUUUAUUCUGUCUUACUUACAUGGAGACAGUAAAUUGAAAGAUUUCAUUAGAUCCGUUUUAAAUGCUUGGGGGUUCAACAAGCGUGAAGUGAUUUUAGAUGGAAUGUUAAAGCUAUUUCCUGAAAAUAGACAAUUCCACAUUUGGAUGGAAGAAUUUUCAAAAAACUGAGAUGCAUUUACUGAAGAAGUAUCUGAAGAAAAAUUUGGCCAUGAAAGAACAUAAUAUUGUAAUAUACAAAAAAUAUUUGAAUUUUUCUUCUGUAUCUUUUAGAUAAAUAAAAUAAAAUAAAAUAAAAAUAAUAAAAUGUUAAAUAAAAAAUAUAUAAAAAUAACCGAAUAUUUAGUCCACAACAUUAUAGUAAAAUAA